AUGGCUCCUAUAGAUGUGGAAAAGACGAUUGAGGAGCUGACACAACUUGAGAAGAUUGCACUCACAGCUGGAAGCGAUUUUUGGCACACAGUCUCUGUGCCGCGACUCAAUAUCCCGGCAUUGCGCAUGUCAGAUGGCCCUAAUGGUGUCCGUGGAACUAGAUUUUUCCAGGGAAUUUCUGCCGCUUGUUUCCCAUGUGCCACCGCUCUAGGUGCUACUUGGGAUGUAGACCUCCUGUCCGAGAUCGGCUCACUAAUGGGCGACGAGGCAAUUGCCAAAGGUACCCAUAUUCUGCUGGGACCAACAAUCAAUAUCCAGCGGUCCCCCCUGGGCGGCCGUGGGUUUGAGUCGUUCUCAGAAGAUGGAGUUCUUUCUGGUACUUUGGCAGGCCACAUCUGCAAAGGUAUCCAAGGUAGGGGUGUUGCAGCUACGCUGAAACACUUCGUCUGCAACGAUCAGGAGCACGAGAGAAUGGCCGUGAGCAGUAUCGUCACCGACCGAGCUCUACGCGAGAUCUACUUGCUUCCUUUCCAACUUGCUAUGCGAAUCUGCCGCACGGCCUGUGUCAUGACUUCUUAUAAUAAAGUCAAUGGAACCCAUGUCAGUGAGAGCAAAGACCUCAUUGAUGCCAUCCUCCGAAAGGAGUGGGGGUGGGAUGGUCUGAUUAUGAGCGAUUGGUUUGGCACAUAUAGCACAUCGGAGGCCAUCAAUGCUGGCCUCGAUAUUGAAAUGCCGGGUCCAACCUGCUGGCGUGGAUCUGCUCUCGGACAUGCCAUGUCUUCAAACAAGGUCGCAUCGUAUACAUUGGAUGAACGCGUGCGCAAUAUCCUGAAUUUGGUGAACUGGCUCGAGCCUCUGGGCGUCCCUGAAAGAGCCCCAGAGAAGACACUGAACCGACCAGAGGACCAAGCCCUGAUGCGCCGGGCCGCCGCAGAGUCAGUCGUUCUCUUGAAGAAAGAUGCUGGCGUCCUUCCUCUGAAGAAGGAUAAAUCUUUGCUGGUUAUUGGCCCGAACGCCAAGAUUGCCGCCUAUUGUGGUGGUGGCUCGGCGUCACUGGCCCCUUACUACACCGUGACUCCGUUCGAUGGUGUCUCUGCGAAAAGCAAGGGCGAGGUCACAUACGCACAGGGUGUGUAUUCGCACAAGGAUUUGCCUCUUAUGAAGGGUCCCUUGGUUAAGACUGCCAAUGGUGAGGACGGGUUCACCUUCAAGGUAUACAAUGAACCCUCAAGCGCUGGGAAGGAGCGCGUUUUGAUUGAUGAGCUACGGCUUGAUGACUCAUUGGGAAUUCUGAUGGACUAUAAAAAUCCCAAGCUCAAGUCGCUGACAUACUAUGUCGACAUGGAAGGUUUUUUCACCCCUGAAGUAAGCGGCAUAUACGAAUUUGGUGUCACUGUUGUCGGAACAGGACGUCUUUAUGUCGACGGUGAGCUGGUAGUUGACAACACCAUUAACCAAGUGCAAGGAUCUUCCUUCUUUGGCGCUGCUACCGCCGAGAAAAUCGGAACGAAGGAGCUUAAAGCAGGCCAAACAGCUAAGGUCUUGUUCCAGUUCGGCACCGCUCCCACUUCAGAUCUAGACAGGCAUGGCGUUGUUGUGUUUGGGCCGGGUGGAUUCCGCUUCGGUUCCUCUCUCCAAGUCAGCCAGGAGGAACUGAUUUCAAAUGCUGUCGAACAGGCUACCAAGGCUGACCAGGUCGUUAUCUUUGCGGGCUUGACUGGCGAGUGGGAGACUGAGGGUUACGACCGCGCGCACAUGGACUUGCCUCCGGGAACUGACGAGUUGAUCACUCGGGUUCUAGCCGCCAAUCCAAAUGCAGUCGUUGUCAUCCAAUCCGGUACUCCCGUCACAAUGCCAUGGGUGGCAGAAGCAGGCUCGCUUCUGCAGGCCUGGUUCGGCGGUAGCGAGUGUGGAAACGGCAUCGCAGACGUGCUCUAUGGCGACGUCAACCCGUCCGCCAAGCUGCCCAUUUCGUUUCCCACCCGUCUGCAGGAUAACCCAUCCUACAUCAACUUCCGCUCAGAGCGCGGUCGCGUUCUAUACGGAGAGGAUAUCUAUGUUGGAUACCGCUACUUCGAGAAGGCCGACCUUGCCCCUGCUUUCCCCUUCGGCCAUGGCUUGUCAUACACAACAUUCAAGCGCUCCGACCUGGCUAUCAAGACUGUGUCAGAACAGCCGAAGUAUUCGGAAUCUGGUGAGCCUAUCACCGCAUCUGUGACAGUCACCAACACAGGCAGCGUUGCUGGUGCUGAAGUUGUUCAACUAUGGGUUGUCCCCCCAGCUACCGAUGUUAAACGGCCUGUUCGUGAGUUGAAGGGCUUCAAGAAAGUUUUCUUGCAGCCCGGUGAGUCCAAGACAGUGCAGGUUAUUGUUGAAAAGAAAUUGGCAACCAGCUGGUGGGACGAGCAGCGUGACCAGUGGAUCUCGGAGAAGGGCCACUAUGAGGUGUUGGUGACUGGUACCGGAGAUGAGGAGCUUCGUGGCGAGUUUGAAGUUGGGAAGACGAGAUUCUGGCUUGGACUUUAG